GCGCGUCAGGAGGAAGUGGUGGUGAGCCGCGGUGAGGGAGCUGUUAGUCAGAUGUUUAGAGUGGUGAAGUGUUUAUGUUCUCAAAUAUCGGUCAGCUGAAGGGUAUUACAGAUAAACACUGAAACACACCGACAGUCUGAACAGCGGGGAAAGCGCUGCGAGAAGCAGCUCAGUUAGGAAACAGCAGGAUUAGAAACACUGCGCUCGAUUUUGAGGACGAACCAAACCCUUCGACUGGUUGAGUCCCGGUGAACCGAUUCACUUAAAAGAGUCAUUUGAAAAGCCUCGAUUCACUCGCGUUUCAACAUAGCGCUCAUUUCUUCUCUGGAGUGAAAUAGAGAUGUACGGAGUUCUGUGUUUCUGGGUUUUACUGCAGGCUGUUUCUUCAGCUGACAUCCCAACAGGAGUCAAGACUAACGACAGUCCGGUUAUAGGUGUUCUCGCUCAGGAGGUGUAUGCAGCCCCAUCUGGCAAAAAUGCUUACAUCGCUGCCUCCUAUGUUAAAUAUCUCGAGUCUGCAGGAGCGAAAGUCGUUCCAGUCAUGAUCAAUAGGUCUGAGGAGGAGUAUACCCGGCUGUUCAAAUCCCUAAAUGGAAUUCUUUUUCCAGGAGGUGGCGUCAGCAUCACAUCCUCUGGCUAUGCCAAAGCAGCUGGUAUAUUCUACAGACUCGCUCUAGAGGCAAAUUCAAAAGGUGAUUAUUUUCCUGUAUGGGGAACUUGUCUGGGCUUUGAGCAGCUAACACUGUUGACUAGUGAGAAGUUACUACUCUCCCACACUAACACUUCUGGAGUUGCACUACCACUGAACUUCACCUCAGAGGUAUCCGACAGUAGAAUGUUCAAGGACUUCCCCAAAGACCUGAUGACCUCACUGGCAAAUGAGCCGCUAACAGAGAAUUCUCAUCAGUGGAGCAUCACCACCGAGAGUUUUAAAGGUAAUGAAAAGCUAAACAAGUUCUACCGAAUUCUGAGCACCAACACAGACGGACAGAAGGAGUUUGUUUCCACAGUGGAGGCAUAUGACUACCCAGUCUAUGGAACACAGUGGCACCCAGAGAAGAACACCUUCGAGUGGACUCGUCCAUACAUCCCUCACACACCCUCUGCCAUCAAAACCACUUUCUAUAUGGCUGACUUUUUCGUCAAUGAAGCAAAGAAGAGUCUUCAUAGUUUUUCCAGCCAAGAAGAGGAGCAGAAUGCUUUGAUUUACAACUACAGUCCAUCAUACACUGGAAAGAUGUCUGCGUUUGAACAGAUUUAUUUUUUUGCUUAGUUUUUUUUUUUUUACUUGUGCUUAAUAAAACUCUCAGUUUAAGUGAGAUUGAUUUUGAUUUUGAGUCAUGCAAGUUGUGCUCUUGGGAUAUUAAACUUAUAUAACAAAAUAAA